AUGUCUAAAGAAGAAGCUAAAGGUUAUAUAGGACUAAAAGUUGGUGUCAGGCAAAGAGGCUGUAAUGGAUUGUCUUAUACUUUAGACUAUGCAACAAUUAAAGACAAGUUAGACGAAGAGGUAAAACAAGAUGGUGUUACAAUAAUUAUAGACAAAAAGGCACAGUUGACAUUAUUAGGAACUGAAAUGGAUUAUGUAGAAGACAAACUUUCCGCUGAAUUUGUUUUUAACAACCCAAAUAUAAAAGGCACAUGUGGUUGUGGAGAAUCAUUUAGUAUAUAA